CCGCAGCGGCGUGUGUCGGCAGCACAAGUGGAAAGUAGCUGUGUGCACGUCGCACCGCACGCAGGCACGCACGCCAUCUCAGAUGUCAGCUCAGUGAUAACAAGCGGCACCACGCAAACUGCACCGUGGGACACGGUUCUGUUCUGCAGUGGCACUCAAGAGAUUGCUGUUUUUUUUAUCUCUCUCUCUCUCUCCGUUCAAUUGUUUUGGUUUCCCCAAAGAGGAUUUACUUCUUUACAUCUUGUUUUCACCUGGUUUCAAUCAAAAAAUGCCAGCUGACACUAUGGAAAAGCAGACGGCGUCUCCCAUCGCCGGGGCCCCCGCAAAUGGAUCACACACGCCGGACAAACCGAAAAACGCCAGCGAGCAUAGAAAAUCGUCCAAACCCAUCAUGGAAAAACGCAGGAGAGCGAGAAUUAACGAAAGCCUUGGGCAGCUCAAGACUCUCAUCCUGGACGCACUUAAAAAAGAUAGCUCCAGACACUCCAAGUUGGAAAAAGCGGACAUCCUGGAGAUGACGGUGAAGCACCUGAGGAACCUGCAGCGGGUGCAGAUGAGCGCAGCGCUCUCUGCAGACGCAACGGUCCUGAGCAAAUACAGAGCAGGAUUCAACGAGUGCAUGAACGAGGUGACCCGCUUCCUGUCCACCUCGGAGGGCGUGAACGCGGAGGUGAGGUCCAGGCUCCUCAACCACCUGUCCAGCUGCAUGGGUCAGAUCAUGUCCAUGAACUACCCGCAGCAGCAGAGCCCGUCCCAGCAGGCGCACCUGCAGGGCCAGCAGCCGCUGCACGUCCAGCUGCCCUCCACGCUCCCCAUCAGCUCCAAGCUCAGCCCCGCCGAGGCCGUCUCCCCGAAGGUGUUCGGCGGCUUCCAGCUGGUGCCCGCGUCUGACGGACAGUUUGCCUUUCUGAUCCCCAACCACGCGUUCGGCUCCGCGUCGGCCCCCGUCAUCCCACUUUACGCAAACGCAGGGGUGCCCGUGGCGCUGAACCCCGGCCCCGUCCACGGCAGCUCCGCGCCCGGCGCGCCGUCCCCGGUCCACGGCAUGACGUCCUUCUCCGGGGGUUCGCAGGCGGUCAGCCCGGUGGGGGUCAGCACCGGCCCGGACAGCAGCGAGCCGGUGUGGCGGCCCUGGUAGUUUCAAUAAGGACCAGAGACUUGCUUAAAAAAACAGUUUGCAUUUCUUCUCCUCCUCCUCCAGUUGAUACUUUUAACAGACUAUACACAACCAGGUGUUGCGGGGGUCGACCUGUGACUUUUGCUAUGGGAUGGUAACUUUAACCACUCAAGCCUGAAUUAUGGUUCUACGUUAAAUCGACGCAGAGCUCUACGCCGUAUGCUCUGCGUUGGUGUAACGCAGAACCAUAAAUCAGCCUUUAGUACCCCCCUGUAGAUAUCCAUGUUUCGUUGUAUGGAACAAGCGUUGCCUUUAAUGGCUUAUGUGAUUUUUCUUUUCUUUUUUCUUUAUUUAUUGAUUCCAACAUUUGGAUGUCAUUGUUAAGGGUGAUAGAAGAUUAACAUCAAAAACUUUUGUUAUGAAGUACUUUUUAUGAAAAGGUUUAGUUUUGUACAGAGGCGUUAUUGAUUGUCAUACCAAAGCUGUGUUUUAUAUUCUGUAUUGUUUUGUGUUGAAAAGAAAAACUGAAGUUGGGUGGUAACCCUUUCUUGAAUAAAAGAUAUUUCUGAAA